ACCUAACCUGAAUCGAUUGUUGAGGUUAAAAACUGCGAUAUUUUUCCCUCAACGUCACACCAACUUGCACACGACUUCGGUCGCUACCCACAGAUGGACAUAGGACGUGAAGAUUCAAUAAUAAUAAGAAAAAAAAUGAGAUGCAACUGAGUAAAUGGGGGAGAGAAGUUUUACCGAGAAGAAGUGGUAACGAGUUUUUUUUUCAUCAAUCGCUAAAAACCGUACGUGAAGGACUCGUCCUCGUGUGUGCCAUGACUCCACUUUUCACGGUUAUUCUACGUCACUAAUAGAUAUUCUAAACACCGAAGGAGUGAGGAUAAAUCAGGUGUGGAAGAUGUUGAGUGCAAAUUCAUCGAGGGAAAUGGAGUUUAGUUCGAUUUCAAAAAUUUAAAUAUUUGAAUUUUCGAAUUGUGCGGAUAAAUUUUGUGCUUCACAGCAGGAUUGAGAUCAUGGCUUCGUCUACGAAGAGAUCCUGGAAGCUCCAGGAACUUGCUGCUCACACGUCUAAUGUCAACUGCCUGGCCCUGGGUCACAAGUCAGGACGUGUUAUGGUGACUGGUGGUGAUGACAAGAAGGUUAAUCUAUGGGCUGUUGGAAAAGAAAAAUGUAUCAUGAGUCUCAGUGGCCAUACGACACCAAUCGAGUGUGUGAGGUUCAGCCAGACUGAGGAUCUUGUUUGCGCUGGAUCUCAGACUGGUGCACUCAAGAUUUGGGACUUGGAGCAUGCCAAGUUGGCUAGGACACUCACUGGGCACAAGGCUGGCAUCAGGUGUGUCGAUUUUCAUCCCUAUGGAGAGCUGUUGACCUCUGGGAGCCUCGAUACUGGGAUUAAACUCUGGGAUAUUAGGAGGAAGGGCUGUAUUUUUACGUACAAGGGGCACAACGAGACUGUCAACUGCUUGAAGUUCAGUCCUGAUGGACAGUGGAUCGCCAGUGCUGGGGAGGAGGGGAUGAUUAAGCUAUGGGAUUUGCGUGCUGGAAGACAGCUGAAAGAAUUCACCGAGCACAAGCGCUCAGCGACAACCGUGGAAUUCCAUCCCCACGAGUUUUUACUGGCCAGUGGCAGUGCUGACAGAACUGUCAACUUCUGGGACCUCGAGUCGUUCCAGUUGGUGUCAUCAACCGAACAAAACGUGGCUCCAAUAAAAUGUCUCCUCUUCAGCCCGGGGGGAGAAUGUCUUUUCGCUGGCUGUCAAGAUGUCCUGAAGGUCCACUGUUGGGAGCCAGCGAGAACGUUGGACACAGUGCCAACGGGCUGGGGAAAAGUUCAGGACAUUGCAAUAGCCCAGAAUCAACUGAUUGGUGCCAGUUCAAGUGGCUCCUCCGUGGUUUCAUUUGUCUGUGAUAUGAAGCAGAUUAAACCGUUCGGUAAUGUCUCGCAAUUUGUUCAUGGGAAUCCCACGAGGAAGAGUUUCUCGAGGGAGACCCCAGCGAAAAAGGCAUCUAUUAAUGUUAAGACGAUUGAAGAGGAUAAAUCUGGGACAGACCCCGAGGACGAAGUAACACUUGCGGAAAUCCCAAAUGUCACGGAUUAUCAGGAUAUCUUCCAGCCUCAUCGAUCAUUGAAUCGCACACCGCCACCGGAACCCGAGGCUUUCCCGGUGCCUCAAGAGAUAGAUCCAACUCAACCACAAAUUAUUCAAAACCUCUCUACCUCAAUGACGAGUUUAAGUACGACGGGAACACUGGACAAUGACUAUGAUCUCUCUCCGACAUCGUCUGCCCAGCCCCCGAGUUUAUCAAUGACAAAGCCAGUGCCAGUACGUGUCAAUCCAAUAAAAUCGUCACCACCACUGCAGAGGCACACGUUCACCUCAACCAGUCAGAUAAAGGCCAAUCUGCAGGCCAACAAUAUUGCGAAAAAUACCAAGAAUUUUGCGCAAGUGCCUCCUAUGAAGCAGAGUAUCAUGCCAGUCAUUGGGAGGAAAUCUUCAGUGAAUCACUUGAGUCAACCGAUGGGUCCCCAGCGUUCCAACUCAACGCUGACAUCCCGAGUAGCUCCAAUGGCAGCAGUGUCACCAGUUAUGGGUGAUGGAAAGUCGAAGAGUCGAGCUCCCAGUCCAGACUCACCGAAACACUUUCUAAAACGCCAGACAAGUUGCAAGGAGGGUGAGGGGUACGAGAGUGAUUUCCCAGUGAAAAUUAAUACGAGUAUUAGACACAGUCCAUCUGAUCCGGCCUUGAACAGGCCGAAUACCGGGCAAACUCGUACCUCGAUGGCCAGGAAUUUCAUAAAUUCUGGGGCAUUCUCGGCGAGAAACUCGGUAGGGGGAAAGAAAAUUAAUCGAGCGCAGGUGCCACCUAAUCCAAAAGUGGAGAUCAGAGUUGCCCAGCUGAGGCCGAAUGUCGAGCCCACUGAGAAGGAUGACUUUGUGCCCAUGUCACCUGAUAAAGCUGUGGGCCUGGAUGUUGAUGAUUUUUUGCCCAACAGCUAUGGGGGCCCGGCUAGACUGGGAUGCAGCCAGGGACUCCCCGAGAUGUCCGAGGCUGAGGUCAUCAACAGCAUUAUGCGGGGUCAUGAGUCCAUGAUGACUGUGCUGAAUAACAGGCACAGGUCGCUUCAGAUUAUUUAUUCAUUGUGGCACAGCAAGGACGUGAAAUCGGCCAUUGACUCGGCUGUUACCAUGAACGAUCUCUCGGUGAUCGUCGAUCUGCUUGGGGUGCUCACACUCAAACCAACAAUGUGGAAUCUAGACAUGUGUAACUCUCUCCUGAGGCCAAUAGCCGAGCUCCUUCAAAGCAAAUAUGAAAUGUACGUGACGGUCGGUUCCGCUGCGUUGAAGCUGAUCCUACGGAACUUUGCCCCGGUGAUCAAGUCGAACGUUGAGGCGCCGCUGCACAGCAUUGGAGUGGAUGUUUCACGUGAGGAGAGAUACCACAAGUGUUUGUCAUGUUACGAGAGACUAGAAGCCCUGAGGCCGAUAAUCCAGAAGAAACAGUCAUCCUCCGGUCAAAUGGGUGCCUCUUUCCGUGAGCUCAAUGUCUUAAUGAACACACUGGUGUGACCGAGGCGUUUGCAGGCGGUCGUAUCGCCGAUGCCACGUCGAUCUUCCACGUUCAAGUGCAAACAUUGCCAAGCACGUGAAUCGAGACUGACAUAAACAAAAAUAAUCUGCAAGCAGUGUGCCCCAGACAAUUGGUGGCCAGUGUGGCCGAUAAUCUUGCCGGCUAGUCCCUUUCCAUGAGAAUCUAAGACACUAAUCUUCGAAUCAAUUAAAGUAAACUAUUAAUUUACUAAUUACUGCAGUCACUGGCUACGCCAUACACCGAGUGACGAAAAUUAAGACUCAAUAACAGAAUGAGAACGAGAAAAUGAAUAAGCGACAUGUCUUUCGCUCAAAACUGAAGGGAAGAUGAGGGACAGAAUGACGUUAAUUCGUUGAUUAUUUUCGGAUACCAUUUUGCCCCAUGUCUCUGUGAGAAUCAUGUGAUGAAGUAGAAGAAAGAGAUAAGUCAGAGGAUAAAAGGAGGAAUUUCCAAUAAAAUUAUCAUAUCAUUGAAGUAAUGAAUUAACUAUUGAAGAGCAGGCGGCAUUACCGAUGAGCAUCUUCUCCGUAAUAUAAUAAAUCCUGUAUUUUAAUCAUUAGUCCACUAGCAGGUAAAAUCCUCAGAUGAUAACAAACUCGAAACUUACCUCUUUAUUCCACUCCAAUUCCACAAUUAUGCCUAAAGACAUUUAGAUGAAUGAUUUGCAUGAAUGUAGAGAUGAACAUAAUUGAAAUGUAUUUUUGGGACGUUGAAACGAUUGCUGAUCCAAUCGCGUCGCUGGUAUUAUGUAAAUAAUUAUGUAUUAAUCAGUCUAAUAGAAUCAUGAUUGAUGUGAGGUAUUAGUCCUUGGUUUUUUUAUAAAAUAUUAAAAUGUAAUUUUUAAUUAUUUAUGUAUUGUGAAUGGCAGUGAACAAAAAUAUGAGCCCAGUGAACUCAAACAGAUAAAGUAAAUGAGACAAUCACGAGAUUCCGAUUGCGAUUGAUUGAUUUGACAAAUUACGCGGGUACGCUCUCAAAUUCUUUCUCCGAUGUCGAUUGAUUCGAGAAAAUGAGAAAUAUAAUGCGAGACAAAUCGAUCAUCGUUCUCCUCUUUUCCGUCACCUUUUCUAGUUUCUUUACAACCGAUCAAGCAUGAUUCAAGUCUAAUCGAUAUUCCUGUUUUUUUUUUACUUUAGAUAAAAAGUGGUAGAAAUCUAGUAAAAAGAGAUAACUGUUUUCCUAAUAAACUUUUUAUCUAUUCCACGGUAUCAGCUGUUUUCUGUCGGUACUGCGUGUAAAAAGAUAUUGAUGAUUGGAGUUAUUGUAGACUGUGUAUUAAUUUAAUGUAAAUUCAGAAGACUAAUGGUCACCGAUGACGAGAGGUGGUGAUUUAUUCUCGUAUGUGAGUAACUGAUAUGCAUUGUCUGAGUUAUUAUUAAAAUUGAAGCAAUAUUUGUUCGUAUGGAGUCAGUGCAAAGGAAUUGUAUUCAAUUACGAUGAAAACAAAAAGGUCUUUUUGAAUUAAUGAAUGUAGAAUUGUUAGCAAAAGUAUUAAAAUUGAGUUUUAGAAUAAAUUCCUCAAGGGGUUCGAACUCUGGGAAAGUGGCCCCAUUAUUUGAAUAUUAUUGUUGAAUAGCAAAUUGAGUGCUGAAGUUGUCCGUCAAAUUAAUAUUAAAUGAAGAGUAAGCGUUUCGUGAUAUUUUAAUUUCCAGAACGAAUAUUCCUUCAAUUAUAAUAGUAUUAUUUCAGUAUGAUAAUGAUCCACGAACAAAAUGUGAAAUGAUUUAAAGGCGAUUUAUUAAAAUUGAAGUAAUAUUUGUUCAUCUAGAGUUAGUGCAAAGGAAUUGUGUUCAAUUAUGACAAAAACAAAAAGGUCUUUUUGAAUUAAUGAAUAUAGAAUUCUUUGUAAAACUAUUAAAAUUGACUUUUAGAAUAAAUCCAUCAAGGGGUUCGAACUCUGGGAAAUUGACCCCAUUAUUUGAUUAUUAUUGUUAAAUAGAAAAUUGAGUGCUGAAGUUAUCCAUCAAGUUAAUAUUGAAUGAAGAGUAAAUGUUACUUUCAUCAUAUUUUAAUUUCCAGAAGAAAUAUUCUUUCAAUUUAAGCAGUAACACUUCAGUAUAAUAAUGAUCCACGAAUAAAAUGUGAAAUGUUUCAAAGCUGAUUUAUUCUCGUAUGUUAUUAUUAAUCUUGAAGUAAUAUUAGUUCAUCUAGAGUUACUGCAAAGGAAUUGUAUUCAAUUACGAUAAAAACAAAAAGGUCUUUUUGAAUUAAUGAAUAUAGAAUUCUUUGUAAAACUAUUAAAAUUGACUUUUAGAAUAAAUCCCUCAAGGGGUUCGAACUCUGGGAAAUUGGCUCCAUUAUUUGAAUAUUAUUGUUAAAUAGAAAAUUUAGGGCUGAAGUUAUCGAUUAAAUUAAUAUUGAAUGAAGAGUAAAUGUUAUUUUCAGCAUAUUUGAAUUUCCAGAACAAAUAUUCCUUCAAUUAUAAUAGUAUUAUUUCAGUAUGAUGAUGAUCGAUGAACAAAAUGUGAAAAAAUACGAGUCAACUCGUAAAGUCCGUCCAAUAAGUAAUUUUUAUAAUAACGAAAUAAUGAGUGCGAGUUCUAUGUACUUAAAGCGUGCCUGUCAUAUUUAUAUCGUUUGUUUUGAUUUUGUUCUGUCAAUUUUUCAGUGGCAUGUUGAAACAAUUGCAUCACAUUUGAUUUCAAUUUUAAUUGAUUAAUGAAAUACUCCGUUGUUUGCUCCGAGACUGUAAAUCCCGUCUUCUCACUCUGAUAUUCAUUAUUUUCAGUUUAUUGUUUUGAGUAUUUACUGCCGGUGAGGGGAUGAGAAGUGUGAAACGUGUGUACAUUUAAUUUAUGAAAUGCGCCUUUGAAUAAUGUAGAUAAUGUGUUAAUUCAAUGGGCUUCAAUAACGAUCUCCUGAAAUUAUCUUUAUCUUGGGUUCCUUAUUUUUUUAUCCCCCAUGGGGUUAGCGUGGGUACAUAUCCUCAUCAUGAGCUUGUCGAAUGGCAUUAAUAAAUUAACAACUUUUUCAAUUGUAAUAAUAUUUUAAUGUAGUCGACCAAUCGUAUUGUAAAGAAAAUGUCAAUGAUAAUUAAUGAGAAACA